AUGUUUGACUCUCUCGCGCAGAAAAUAGCUUCGUUUCUCUCUACAGCAGCAAGAGCUGAGACAGCCUUGCAGAGCGCUGAUGUGCAGGGUAGUGGUGAUGAUCAACUGCACGUUGAUGGUGUGGGUCAUAGUCAUUCCAUGCAGGAUGGUGACGACAGUGAUCAGCUAGAAGUUGAUGGUGGCAGCAGGCAACGUGAGCUGUCAAACUUAGAGUCAAUGAAGAAUGAAGAAUUCGGUGUCUCUGCUGCAUACCAUAUAAAACUUAACCCAGUUGCAAACAUGGCCGUCUCUUCCCUUAAAGAGGUUGCCCACGAUGUACCGAGGCAGACGCAGGGAACUUCCAAAUAUGCAUCGCUACUCGAUGCCAAGGCGUUGGAUUUCAUGAAGAAUACCACUGAAUUCUACGUGGUAAAAAUACCUAGGUGGAAGUUUGAGAAUGAUACAAAUUUUUUGAACGACGGAUCUCGGUACGUUUUCUUUGAGAAAGAAGCAAAGGUUGUCGAUGCAGAAGAUGAUGCCUCAUCUGUCAACUUUUUGGAAGUAGAGGCAGUAAGCAACAAGCAUCCAAAACCUGAGAGAAGCUCUCAUAAGUCCAUCGAGAUGACACCGUCUGAAAGCUUUGAUCUAAAACGCCUCAUUGUUCAGUCUGUGGAGGUGGUCACUUCGAGCAGUCAGCACGUCGGUCGGAUUGACGAUCAAGUCAAAGCGGUGGAUGAUGCUGCACAUGAACUGGUGAACCAACCUAAAGUUAGUGACCUGACACCAGCUGUUGGGCUCACGACUCCGAAUGGUAUUGAUGACUUUACAGCCGACAAGACGGUCGCAGGCACGGAAGAGAGCUCUACGUACAUUAAUUUAUACGUCGAAACCUCGACCUUGAGCCUCGCUGACACGCCAGAUGAUUCUCUGCCGAGUUCACAACCCUUGUUAGAUUUACAAGAAGGAAUAAACUCUGAACAGACAACUAUUGCUGAAGAAAAAUUUCCGGAUCCACCUAGACGAGCGUCAAAGUUAAAUUCGCUAAACGCGCCCAAAUUUUUACAGCACAAACUGCGUGAGCAACUACCGAUUCAGACUUCUCAUACUCCACACAUUCCUCCAACGGCUCAAAGAGAAGUUCCCGAGGAUUCUAGUUCAACUUUUGAGCAAAUAAUUGUUACUCAAAAUAAAAUUUCGGAUUGGCUGAGAGAUUCUGCCGAGUUUUACUUUCAGCCGCAUGAAGUUGAAACACUGUCCCUCGAACAGUUCCAUGACCACAAUGAACCAGACUCUCUGCCAGAAGCAAUCGAUACAUUUGACGAUUCAUUGGCAGGAACUGACGAUGAAGCUGACUUUUUCUCAGAAGAUCGUGAAACAAUUUCAGAACUUCUGAGGAUACACGGCACCGGACGCCAUGACGUCCCGCCAGUUGGCAGGGGCGUGAAUGAGGCACCGCGGGACAGGGGACGAUCAACUGCAUCAGUGCUGCUGCUCCUGCUGGCCAGUCUCACGCAGGCGAUGCAUGGCAACUUCUCAACGUCGGGACCUCCUUCCAUGAUGCCAAGUUCUGAGCACCUCACGCGCUUCUCUGAAAUUCUCACUCACUCGUUCCUCAACACCAGCACGGCGGCGAUAUCCAGCUUCCAGACUCAGCCAGCUGUUGCACCUAGAUCCCAACUGCCAGUUUUUGAUGCCGUUUCGCAUAUUUCACGUCCAAAGUCGAUUUCUGGUCAAUCAUUCGACGAUUUCAAAGCCAUUCAGGGAAUGAAUAUGGAUUUUCCCGGCGAAAAAAUAUCUGGAACUCCUGCUGACCCCAACAAGUCAGAUGAAGCGAUUUCAACUUCUUUCCAAUCAUCGUUAACUCGAGCCGAACCAGAAAAUUUGGUGAACACGCAACAGCCAAAGAAAAAUUUGUCUGCAACGAUUCCAUCAUUGCAGCUCCUCCCAGGGACAAACUUUCCGGCGUCGGUGACACUUCUUCCAAACCUAAAGACGGCUCUCACAGUCAACACAUCUGGAGCGACUUUCCUCCCUUUCACUUCUGGUCAUCUGAAAGAUCAGCAAGUCGCAUUGCCUGACCAAAUUUCAUUCCUUAUCGACACUCCUCGUCCCCCAAUUUCAGCUGACAGUGAUGCAGCAAUCUUUACUGAAGAAAAAUCAAUUGAAAACACUACACGAAUCAGCACUCUACUUCCUAACCCGCUUCUUCCUUCGGCUAUCUUGGACAGGGUGCGACCUAACGCUGGGUUUGAGUUCGGUGGCACUCCUGCAUUUGAUCUAGUGCAGAUAUUACCCAAUCGAGAUAAUUCUUUCCACUCCACAACAUCCAGCACCCGCUCACCGCAGUUGGAUGAUCCCCAAUUUCUUGGUGAAAUGGAGAAGGAAUCGACGGUGCACACUGGUACGCAGGCUACCUCCGCAAUUACCUCAAAUUUCAACAAGCUCACCACAUUGGACAAAGAAAAUUCAAAAUUUAUAGCCAACAUCCCCCGUUCUGGAUCCAAAUUCAUAAUACCCGAAUUUCAUGGAACCUCUAUGUUUUUGUCAAUGCUCCGGCCAAAGAAUCAGACAAGUUCUUCGGUGAGUCCCGAAACAAAACACGCUCUCGGUGUGCCCAUCUCUCCUGAGGGGACGGUCAUUUGCCGCCCCGUUGAGUCUCCAGCUUGUGCACCUCAGGGCGCUGACUUCUGCUUGACGGAUCCAUCGUACCCGCGGAGAGAGGUCCUUCAGGCGCUCUCGUCGAACGCUCGUCUUGCGUCGUACUUCGCCAACGCCUCUUCGACUGGCCCGCGUGGCAGCUUCUCAUUGGUCGCUGGCUUGUCCCGACAGCGCGAGUUAAGCUUCGGCUACUCGUACCACAACCCAGGACUGUAUGACGUCACACACUGGCUGGGCACAGAGGGCUACGUGUGCCCCUCGGUGGUGUCGUACAAUCUGCCCCUGCGCGCCAAGAACGCUCAGGGACGCUGGCGCGUCAUCGUGCAGAACGUGGCCAACGUCGUGCAGCGUAUCAGGACCGAGCGAUGCUUGCACCCCGAGCACCCAUGCCGCCUGGUGGCUCCCCGCUACGGCAGUCGCUGCGUGCAGAAGUUUUCGCUGACUCAGCUGCUGGUGAUGGACCCGUGUGACGUCACCAACCGGCUCUUCGUGGACACCUUCAGCCUGCCGUCAGCCUGCUCGUGCGUGGCGCAGGCUUAUGGAUGAGUCCUUCUACAGCCUGCCGUCAGCCUGCUCGUGCGUGGCGCAGGCUUAUGGAUGAGUCCUUCUACAGCCUGCCGUCAGCCUGCUCCUGCGUGGCGCAGGCUUAUGGAUGAGCUGGCCUAACUGUCCUA